GGUGCUCCCAAGAUCCUGGAAAUAGCAUGCUCGGGAGGCACUGUCCUGCCGAGUGGACAUGCUCAGUGGACACCCACCACAGCUCCUUGGUUCCAUUAGACGCCCUCACUAUGGCCUCCCGCUCCUCUCACUGGACCCUCAGAUCCUGACUCAUCGACUGAGGAGGCCUUAAGGAUUUAACUCACCAAAGCUGCUGGAAAGAUGAGCAGGCAAAUGAGCAACCCAGAAAAAGGACACAAGGAAACCAGUAUUGGUGGAGCAGACUUUGGAUAGAGGCUUAAUACAGACCUGAGAGAGUGGCUUUCUGAAGACACAAUUUAUUCUCCUGGCAAAAGUAGCUUCUUUAUUAACCAAUGGCAACAGAACAUAUUCAUAGCAUACAUCACUGAGGUUCAUCAGAGAGCAGCAUCAGGUGUCAGGAGCCUUUCUAGAAGAGAGAUGUUAAGAGUGGUUUUUCUCUGUGCAGAGCUGGAAGGGUAGGGACAAAAGUGAAGGCCAGGCAUGGGUUAAUAAUGUAAUGAUUAACCGAAGGUGGGCCUUGUCCCACCUAUCACAUGUCCCUGUACAAUGGGACUUGAUGGUUAUAUAAGAUGAAGAAACUCAUGUUGAGGGCAGAGACAGGCAAGGAAGGUCCUCUGCUGUGGGCUUCUCCGGAGAUGGCCAUGGGACUCCUGGUGUCUCUGCGAGGACUCUCAGGGCUGCUGUUCCUGCUCUGUGCCCUUCCCUGGACUGAGGGUGGGAAGGUCCUGGUGAUUCCCUGGGAGGGCAGUCACUGGCUGAGCAUGAAGACCAUUGUGAGGGAACUCCAUGCCCGAGGCCAUGAGACUGUGGUCCUGGCUCCAGACGUGUCCACGUUCAUCAAAGGAGAGGAUUUCGUCACUCUGCAAAGCUUUGCUGUCCCUUACACUAAGGAAGACUAUGAACAUAAUGCGCUGGGCUACUUUAAAAUGUUCUUAGAGAAAGAAUAUUCUGUCAUGAUGUUUUUAAGCAAUAUGGAAUGUAUGAAAAAUAUAUCAAUGUUCUACCUGAGGGCUUGCAGUAGUCUACUGCACAACAAGGACCUUAUGCAGCACCUGAACUCCAGUUCCUAUGAAGUCGUGUUAACAGACCCUGUGUAUCCCUGUGGGGCACUGCUGGCGAAAUUUUUGAAUAUUCCUGCUGUGUUUCUUCUGCGCUUUAUUCCUUCGGACAUUGAAUUUGAGUCUGCCCAGGCUCCAAGCCCUCCCUCAUAUGUUCCAAGGUUAUUCACAAGGAAUUCAGACCACAUGAGCUUCCUGGAGAGGGUAAAGAACAUUCUCUACAAUCUGCCAUACAAGAUUAUUUUCCGCAUCGCUUAUAUUGUCUAUGAGAACCUGGCCUCGGAGCUUCUGCAGAGAGAGGUGUCCCUCACGGAGAUUCUCAGCCACGCAUCUAUAUGGCUCUUCAGGUUGGACUUUGUGUUUGAGUACCCCCGGCCCAUCAUGCCCAAUAUGAUUUUCGUCGGGGGAAUAAAUUGUGUCUUCAGAAAGCCACUCUCUCAGGUCUGUAUUAAGCCUCUAUCCAAAGUCUGCUCCACCAAUACUGGUUUCCUUGUGUCCUUUUUCUGGGUUGCUCAUUUGCCUGCUCAUCUUUCCAGCAGCUUUGGUGAGUUAAAUCCUUAA